UAAAGUUUCAAAAGAAGAACUCGUUUCCACACCAAGGUCCUCCUCCUCCUCCUCCUCCUCUUCAUCAUGCUGUCUCCACACAUCAGGCUGGCUCUGCUGCUGACCCUCUGUGCGGCGGCGCAGGCUCUGCCGGAGGUCCAAGCCGUGCUCGGGGGGGACUGCAGCCUCCGGUGCACCGCCGAUCCCAAGCCGGGGGUCCCGUACCGGGCCGUGAGGUGGUACAAGGAAGGAGAGCCGCCAUUGUCCCGCGCCAACGGCCUCCUGACCAAAGAACUCCCCAACGGCACGACGCGGUGGUACACCGGCGUGCGGCGCGAGGUGGAGCUGCUGGCCGAGUCCCGCGACAUCCUCCUGCCCAACGUCACGUGCGGCGACUGCGGCGUGUACACGUGUCACCUGGCGGCGCCCGUGGGCGAGCAGAACCGGGAGGGCCAGGUGGUCCUCGCGCUGAGAGAGUGUCUGGUGGAGAAGCCCUCAGAAGACCUGCAGACCGACACCCACCUCGUUGUCUUCGCCACCGCUGUGCUGAUACUCGCCCUGGUGGUUUUCCUCAUCAGCUACUUCAGCUUAAGGAACAUCAUCAGAGACAGAACCCGGACUCCGAACAAAGAGACGUUACUGGACGCGGCGCUGAAGCCGCUGGACGAGAAGGACUUGCAGUCGAUUUACACGUUGGGUCCUAAAGUGUUCAAAAGCCGCUCGAUGGCGUACGCCUGCGUCUAGAGAUGCUGCGGAACGACGCCGAGGAACCGCGAGGAACCGCGAGGACGCCACGAAACAGCUUCUCUUCCACGUUGACCAGCAUGUCCUUGUUUCUACCAUCUGGAGCUCGACAUCACGUCAAAGACCCCAACUCAUCCUUCCAGAGAGCAGCGCAGAGCUUUCAUUGGACCAUCACAGACUUCUGAU